UAAAAAAAGAGUCCAUACAAUUCGAUGAUUCGAUCUCGCGUAACCUAUUUAAAAUGGAUAAAAAGAUGUGUGAUUGAAUGGAUGGAUAUUUUGGACGGAAUUUCAAGACUAUUUGAAAAUCAGCUUGAAACAAUCUUAAAUCCAAGUUCGGAGCACCGAGCACCAAUGUUGUUUUCAUCAUAGUCUAUGAUCGUGACAACUCUCGGCGGGAAGGGAGUUGCGUGUUGCUGCGUGCGGAAAAUCUCGUGGAUCUCGCGUCUCGCACGUUUUCUGCGAGAGAUCAAGGUGGAUCGAGGGUGAGCGUGGAGUCGAAACGAUUGUUUUCGCGCGUGGAUCCGCGCGGAUCCGGCGAAUGUAAUGGCGACGCCGACCAACAGCAGCGGUAACCUCGUCGACGAUUUUGAGGAAUCGUUUCAGCAAUGUUUGAGUAUAUUGACGAAGGACGAAGGACUGGGCAACAGCGGAACUGGCGCGUCUGGUGGUUUGACAGUGGAUAAGGACGAAGGUCGCGCGGAAAUGGAGCAGGCUACCAUGAGGUUCAUAGACCUGGCCAGACAGAUGGAAGCUUUCUUCCUGCAAAAGAGGUUUCUUUUGUCCGCGCUGAAACCCGAACUGUUAGUCAAGGAGGAGAUCAAUGAAUUGAAAUUGGAGUUGGUACGCAAGGAAGAGCUGAUAAAGAAGCACAAUGACAAGAUUGCUGUGUGGCAGAACAUGCUGACAGAUUUGCAGGGAUGGGCGCAAUCACCUGCUCAAGGCCCAGCGCCUAGUGGAUUACCUAAUGGCAAUCAAAGCGGACAAAACCAGCAAGCUGCAAGUGGUGGUGGUAACGCCUCGAUGCAGCAACAACAGCAAAUACUGCAACAUCAGCAGCAGUUGCAACAGCAGCUGCAGCAACAGCAGCAGCAGCAGCAUCCACAGUUACAGCAGCAGUUGCAGCAGCAGAUGCAACACCCGUUGCAACAACAGGUGCAACAGGGUUCUGGUGGCCCACCUACGUCAGGUCUUCAGGGGGUUGGUGUGCCAGUCAAUCAACAGGGCAUGUUCAUGGCACAGGGUGGCGUAGGUGGCAGAGCUACUGGAUUCCCAGUCGGCGGUAUGGGCAGUAGUGCUCUGCAGGGGCCCCUGGCCUAUCUGGAAAAGACAACGAGCAACAUAGGGAUGCCAGAGAGGCGGAGUUGACGCGGAAGGGGGAGGGGCCGGGGCCGGGGUCGUGGAAGAGGCCGAGGUAGAGGAAGAGGCGGCGGGGGCAGCGGGCUACCACCGCCACCACCGCUUCUCGAUCCUUCAGACCCAUCGUCCUACGCUGCUGCUGCCGCAGUCGCAGCUGCUGCGGCGGCGCCCCUUCCCUCUCCGCAACAGCAGCCUCCUCCGCCUUGCACAUAAUAUGCGUGGCAUUUUUAAUUUUGUCUUCUGGAAGAGAGAGACUAUGUUUGUACUUCCAGAGUCAAGUACAUUUGGUUGCCAUUUGCCAUUGGGUGUUGUGUUUGAUGUCAGAUUGUUGGUUUGAACGUGCUACAGUGAUGAUAAUAACGAUAAUACUAAAGUGCAAUUGUGAUAUAUGUUACUGUUUAUAUUGUGGAAAUGGACAACUAAUGCAUACAAAUUUAUCGUAUGAUUUUCGAGCUUACUGUGGUCUCAACAAUAAGUGCGUUUUAAUAUUUAAUAUAAUUUUAUCGUGAUCCAGGUUUGGAUUGACACUGCGACUAUACGAACAUUUUUCUAUUUCUUACGCGAAAGAUGGACGUUUUGAAUUCUUUGUAUUAAUUGCGGAAAUCGUAAGGGAGGCGAGCUUCUCGUGGAUGUGUGAAAUUGCAACAUAGAAUGAUGAAAGUAUGAUAAAUACUUUGUAACUAAUGUGGCAAUAAGACAUGUACAUAGUAAUGAAAUUUAUAUUAUGUGCGAUGAGAACAACAUAAUAUUUUUAAUUGUAUACAUAGCGAUAAGAAUAUCUUCCUAUUUCUUUAUGCAUCGUUAAUUUGUGAUAUUGGUUCUUCGGAGAUCGUCGACACUUUUGUAAUGAACUGCGUUCAUCGCUGUUACAGUGCCUUUGGACACCUAUCAAAUGUACUGUUCGUGCGAUAUCAAUAAAAUGUACAUUACCUAGUGUACGAUACAAAAUCAAAAUAUAUGUUACGUAUGUUGGUUGCAUUAAUAUAAGCGUCUGUCCUGGACAUUUGUGUACAAAUCCAAAAUUUUUAUCCACGUUUGUAUAAAUUUAAAAAAUUUUUCAAAACGUGAUAGCACACUAUAUGCCUGUAACUAAUGUACAUUCAUGCAUUAGAUAUAGACGCAUUAAUAAUUAUUAUAAAACGAAUAGUUUUUAAAUGCAAUCAAGACUUCCAAAGAAUUCUCAGCGUUGUAUUAGCUUUUUGUUAAUAUAUUUUUAGUUUUGUAUGAUUAAUAAUUUGUAUCUUUAGCAAACACAGAUAUGACAUGUGUAUUGCUAUAUAUAAGAGAUAUGUCUUACAUUUAGUUUUAUGUUAUAUGGCAGUUAUAUUCGGUGUUUGCUGGGAUUAUGUCAUUAGAAUAAGUACCUAUGCGACAUGUUUCAUGAACAUAUACAUUGUCAUAAAGUACAAUAAUUUUUUAUAUUAUGACAUACUGUAAAAUAAUCAAAAUUUAGCUUAACAAAUAAAUAUGCACAAUUAUUAACAAUUACUUGAAACUGAUACUUUAUU